GCGUGGAGUGAAAGCGGACCACACAAAACACACACCGCCUGUCUGCUGUCCGGUCACCUCCACGGGACAGGAGAGCUGCGCUCCACCUGCUCUGUCUGUGCGGAUCAUCAGGGCUCUUUGAGCUAUAAUACUAACAUUUUUUUUUUAGUUUAAUUACGCGGUGACAGGUGUGCAACACAGCCGCUGAGUACCCGUAGCAGUUCCCCUGCUGUCAUCAUGCCGUCUAUGCGACAGUCGUACACGGUGACGGUGCCGGAGGGACCGGCCGCCUUCCCGCUGGAGAAACCAGACCUGCGGCGCAAGAGUCCGACGGUGUCCCGCUCCAUGCUGGUGUCCACCUUCAUGGGUCUGCUCAUCAACCAGGCCAAGAACAAGAGUCCUCAAGGCCUUGUGGGACUAAGGAACCUGGGCAACACUUGUUUCAUGAACUCCAUCCUGCAAUGUCUGAGUAACACGCCGGAGCUGAGGGAUUACUGCCUGAGGAACACACACCGCACCGACCUCAGCGGCAGCUGCAGGGCCAAGACCGACCUCAUGGAGGAGUUCGCUAAGCUCACUCAGAGCCUGUGGACGUCCGUGAACAACGACGCCAUCAGUCCCUCCGGUUUCAAGACCCAGAUCCAGAGAUAUGCUCCAAAAUUUGUGGGCUACAACCAGCAGGACGCCCAGGAGUUUCUGCGUUUCUUAUUGGACGGUCUCCAUAAUGAGGUCAACAGGGUGACGGUGCGCCCGAAGGCAUCCGCCGAGGACUUUGAUCACCUCUCGGAUGAUGAAAAAGGCAAGCGGAUGUGGAAUAAAUACCUGGAGAGAGAGGACAGCAAAGUGGUGGAUCUGUUUGUGGGCCAGCUGAAGAGCACGCUCACCUGCACCGAGUGUGGCUUCUGCUCCACCGUGUUCGAUCCGUUCUGGGACCUGUCUGUACCUAUUGCACAGAAAAGCUCAGAGGAGGUGACUCUGAAAGACUGCUUGAGACUCUUCACCAAGGAGGACGUCUUGGACGGUGAAGAGAAACCGACAUGUACCAGGUGUAAAGCCAGAACAAAAUGCACCAAAAGGUUCUCCAUCCAGAAGUUCCCUCAGAUCCUCGUGCUUCACCUGAAGCGCUUCUCGGACUCUCAAAUCCGGGCCAGCAAGCUCUCCACCUACGUCAGCUUUCCGCUCAAAGAGCUGGACCUGCGGGAGUUCUCCUCGGAGAAGAGCAAGCAUGCGGUGUACAACCUGUACGCAGUGUCCAACCACUCCGGCAACACUUUGGGAGGCCAUUACACCGCCUACUGCAAGAACCCCGUGCUGGGUGAAUGGUACAGCUAUAACGACUCCAGGGUGAGUCCAAUGUCCUCCAGCCAGGUUCGCAGCAGCGAUGCCUACGUCCUCUUCUACGAGCUCACUGCCUCCCCGCACAUCAAACACCAGACGCACCGGCUCUAGGCGCCGUGGACGACCGCUGAUCUGUGCCGAUCUGGACCUCAGCCGGGUCAGACGCUGCCGGCUGUGAGACGGCGUCGCCUCUGUGACCCGCCAUGGAGACGGGCCAGGCAAUAUGGACCACAGAGACAUUUUUCUAAGGAACACUUUGAGGGAAAGGGGAUGGAAAGGGCAAACAGCGAAGCCGUCUUUCCAUUCAGCUGAUGGGUUUGGAUUCAAUCAGAAUUUCAAACAAAAGGCACUUAUGGGUUAGGGGGGUCGGAGGAGAAGACAAAGCAAUGAAGGAGAAAAUCAUCUGUGUCAACAAAGGUAAAUCCAGGCACAGACACAACUACCGUAAAAUGUCUUCAGGGUGGACAUGGAGCAAGGACUGAGAAAGACACGAGCUGAAAACUGCUGCAUUUUUAAUCUCUCUUUGUUCAGCAAAUAAAGGGAUUUUACAUCGAGCUCAGUUGUACCUGGACCUGGAUUUUUAUUUUUUUCCUUCACACCGGAUGUAGAUUUUAUGAAACAUUGUUUUUGGUUUCCUUCCGCACCGUGCUAUGCACUUUGAACAUGGACGACGAGCCUGAAGGUCAUUACUUCACGAGGACUCUGCAGAGAAAAUUUCACACUGACGGCGUCUGUAAAUUAUUCUAUUUAAUGAAGAGGCUGAUGAUUGAGAGUUUGGCAUCUGGUGCCACCUAGUGUCAAAAAUGGACGUGUGCUGCUUGGAAAUGCCAUAGUUUCCUCAAUGAAUCAUGGAAACACAUUUUAUUUUUGUACUUGUGGGGCAACAAGGUGAAUGUAAAUCUGCCGUGGCACUGCCAUAUCCCCGCACUGUGGCACCGUGACAAACAAUACUCCAUGUAAUACUGUUCAUUUGCCAGUUCAAUAUCUAAUAAAUUAAUAAAAUACAAUGUUGGCUGACACAGCAA